AUGUCACUAAACCGCAAGCGCAAGGCGGAGACACUCACGGAAGAAUCGGGUCAUCGUCAGCCCCGGACCUCGUGCGACUUCUGCCGUGUGAAGAAACUCAAGUGUGAUCGCCAGCAGCCGUGCUCCAGCUGUGCCGCGCGCGGAGUCAAGUGUGUUGGCCAGUCGACUCCCCCACUGACGAACCCCGCAAGUGAUGCAAACCAAGAUCUCUUGCUUCGAGUCCGGAGGUUAGAACAGGCUGUUUUUGAGGCACCUGGGGCGGGGUUUGCGACUCCGAACAGAAAUACCGAUGCACUCCAGCCGGCUUUGCGACAGCCUAUCGAUGUCGAGGGAGAUCAUCCCCUGAACCGAAGUUACUCCGGUGGCUUUAAUUUCUGCAUUCAAAAGAAUUCAGAGCCGCUGCAGGAUGGCCCAUAUGUAGAUCCCCCGAGAACUGUGUGGCUUCCGCCGCGGGAAGAGGCAUUCGCUCUGCUGGACGACUUCGUGCAAAAUUCUCUCCCGCUCAAUCGGAUCAUCAGCGAAGUGUCCGCUCGGUUUGUGCUCCACGAUGUAUACUCGCGUCUCGAGCGGGCACAAGAGGUCAAGAAUGACCAUGUGGCGUUCACUUUGGCGAUUUGUGCGGACAGUGCUUUCUACUUAAGCCAGGGAGCUCGACCGUCCGAGAACGAGGCAGGUCGUCAGUCGUAUCUCUGGAGACAGGUUUCCUGGGAACUGUUGGACCACUCGCAGCGGGCGGGAGGCAGUUCACUCGAGGGGCUGCAGGCGAUGAUGAUCCUCGAGGAUGUAUUCUAUAGCCUGGAGGGCGGCUCAGCUAGAUGGAAAUAUCUCUUGAGCUCAGCCCUGGCUACAGCUCGUGAGCUAUCCUUGCAUCUGAUUGACGGCCCGGCCUACGAAAACAGGGACGACUCGACCACUCAAGAGGUCAAGCGGAGGGUGUGGUGGCAUCUAGUAGGAACCGAUUGGCUUGCCAGCUGUGCCAGCGGAUCUCUUGACCGAACCUAUACCGUCAAUCCGCAGCACAUGGCGGUUCAUUACCCGCGCAACAUCAAUGAUAGCGACCUCCCUGUGUGCGAUCAGCAACCGCCCAAACCUAUCGACACCCCGACCGACAUGUCCAUUCUCAUCGCUCGUAUCCGUCUCGCAGAAGUCUGUCGCGAAGUGGCCGACUUGCUCGCCGCCACUCACAUCGAGCAUCUCCACUACGAUCAAGUGCUCCGAAUCGACUACCUCACGGAAGAAGUCCGUCAUCUCUUCCCCCCGCCAUGUGCCCUCCACACCCCCUUGCCUCUCGACACCCCGCCACUGUUCCACCGAAUGCGUCAAGCGAUGCACCUCGCUCUGGAGUCCCGUCGCGCACGACUUUUCCGGCCAUUCAUCCAGUCCGGCGUCGCAGACCGGGAUCACCGGUUUCUGCGGUUUCGGACGGCCUGUCUGCGGUCGGCACAGGCGGUCAUGCACAUGGCAUCAGACUACUUGGGCGGCGCCCCCUGGCAAUCUGCUCAUUUGUCGGCUGGUGCGCAGACUUAUUGUCCCCCGCGUCUGCCGCGGUACAGCGCCGUCGUGAUCCGUCAUCUCUUCCAAGCAUGCACUGUAAUGGCGGCGGAUCCCAGCCUGGCGGGGACCAAGCCCAGUCGCCAUCCAGAUGUUGAAUGCAGGCGACGGGAACUCGCGGAGUCGUCGCGGUUACUAGAGAGAGUCAGUGAGCAGUCGCCCAUGGCGGCAGACUUGGUCGGCAAGUUGAUUGGCGUGUUGAAGCGUUACUCCGUGCAGAGCGUUCAUGUUAGUGACCAGGACGGGGGACGAUUAGCAGCGUCUACUACUGCUAUUGCUACUGCUGAUGCAAUUAGCAAGGGAUCUGCGUCUCGACCGACUGUCGCAGAUCAACUGCCAAUGAUAACUGUGCCGCUCCCCCCGUCGACGCACGACAUGACAGGUCUCACCUGGGGUGGAGUGACACCUGGGUCGUUAGAAUUAGAUGGAUUCGGGGGCCUGUGGGGGAGUAUGGUUGGGAAUCCGUCUGCUACGGAUGAUUGGGGGCAGGUGUUCACCGAUCUGGAUCACUGGGAUGGGCCUGUGUGA